ACUAUUUGAAGCCGAAUUUACCCGCUGGGAAGUGUAGUUCGGCAGUGAUCAAGCUUCCUGGCCUUGCCGCUGGAAUAAGGCGGGCCAGCCGGCGGUGCUUGAAUUCCAGCUCUUUUAACCGUCUAUUUAGAAGAGGAAACUGCCUCCGCAGAGUCGUGCAGACAUGCCUGUGAUCGAGGUCUGCUGAGAAGGGAGCUAGCGUACUAGACCUCAGAGAGUGGGAAGGGGGACCGAGAAGAAGGCGGCUGCGGCGGACGAGACCAAAUGCUACGGAGGAGGGAGAGGAGACAAGGAUUUUGCCAGCUUUCCAGUUAAAGGGUGACAUUUCUGCAUAAGCAUUUCCCUAUUAAAAUGUCCUUGCCCCUUACAGAGGAGCAGAAGAAAAAGAUUGAAGAGAAUCGACAAAAGGCUCUUGCCCGCAGAGCAGGAAAGCUAUUAACAGAACAACCUCAGAGCACAGACUCUGUUUCCUCCAUUGCUGCCAGCCCUUCCCAGUCCAAGCAAAGUCCUUCCCAAAGUUUCCCUAGGGAACCUUCUAAGCCAGAGAAACAUGAUGCUUUUUUCAAGCAACAGAAUCUCGGUAAUUCAUUUUGUGGUGACCAAAGACCACAUAAUUCCCAUCAUUUUCAGCUCAGCACACCAGAACAGGUAAAGGGGAUAUGGAAGAGCCAAGAGAUACCCACAGCCUGCCCAAACCAGGGCCUCCCGAGUCAGAUGACUCUUACUGGGCUCUCUCCACCAUUGCCACAGGGUCCUCCAAGUGUCUCUAAUCAGCAGCUCUUUGGCUGUAAGAUCAGUCAGGGUCAUCCUCAGGCUUCACAUCAGACCGAAUCAACAUCGGAUGCUAACACAAUGCAUGAGCUUUUGGCCAAAGCAAAGACUUCCCAGGAGACACCAGCUUCUUCCUCUAGCCAGCCCACUGGUGAUCUGGAAUUAGAAGCCAGGACUGCAAAACCUUCCACCUCAGGGCAGAGCUCUUCUGACAUCCAUGAAGGAAGACUGCAAGAGAAGUUGGAGACCUCACCCCAGAAAGCAGUGAGCUCCCAAAAGGGGCUAUGUAUAAGGGAGGGAGAUCGAUUCUCAGUGAAGAUUGGCUACAAUGUGGAGCUCCUUGCUGUGUUUAAGACUCUGCCCAGUAGAAUUUAUGAUCCUACCACCAAAACAUGGAACUUCAGCAUGACGGACUACCGUGCCCUGUUGAGAGCAGCUCAGUGCCUCCGCACAGUCACCCUGCAGCCGUUAGAAGGUGUCGAUGCCAGCAGUGGGGGACAGACUGGCCUUCCUUUGGCUCCAUCCCUCGCCUUUGUCAAAGGAGGAUGCAUGCUCAUCUCCAGGGCACGCUUCGAGGUGGACAUCAGCUAUUCAGAGGACCUGAUUGCUCUGUUUAAACAGAUGGAUUCCCGGAAAUAUGAUGUCAGGACCAGGAAGUGGAACUUUCUCUUGGAAGAGCACAAUAAACUAAUUAUGAGAGCGCGCUCCCUCCCACAGGUUCACCUGGAACCUCUGCCCAAGACACUCACCCUGGCGUUUGCGUCUCAGCUGGAGAAGACCUCUCUCUGCCUGACAGCAGAUAUUCCUGAGGCAGACCUUUCUGGAGUGGAUGACAAGCUUGUGUCUAACCUGAUGCCCUUUCAGAGAGCAGGAGUCAAUUUUGCCAUAGCAAAAAGAGGCCGCCUGCUGCUUGCCGAUGACAUGGGCCUGGGGAAGACUAUCCAAGCCAUCUGUAUAGCCGCCUUCUACCGCAAGGAGUGGCCCCUCCUGGUGGUGGUGCCUUCCUCUGUGCGCUUCACAUGGGAGCAGGCCUUCCAUCAGUGGCUCCCGUCUCUGAGCCCAGAGCACAUCAACGUGGUGGUGAAUGGGAAGGGCUGCCUGACAGCUGGCCUGGUCAACAUAGUCAGUUUUGACCUUCUGAGCAAGUUGGAAAGACAGCUAAAAAUUCCUUUCAAGGUCGUCAUCAUUGAUGAAUCUCACUUCCUCAAAAACAUCAAGACUGCCCGCUGCCGAGCAGCUGUGCCCAUCCUAAAGGUUGCCAAGAGGGUGAUCUUGCUGUCGGGCACGCCAGCCAUGUCCCGGCCUGUGGAGCUCUACACACAGAUCAUCGCAGUCAAGCCAACCUUCUUCCCUCAGUUUCAUGCCUUUGGACUUCGCUACUGUGAUGCCAAACGGCUUCAGUGGGGCUGGGACUACUCGGGCUCCUCCAACCUUGGAGAGCUGAAGCUGCUGCUGGAGGAGGCUAUCAUGCUGCGACGCCUCAAAUCUGAGGUCCUUUCCCAGCUGCCAGCCAAACAACGCAAGAUGGUGGUGGUCGCCCCGGGACGAAUCAGCACCAAGGCCAGAGCCAGUCUUGAUGCCGCAGCCAAGGAAAUGACCAGAGACAAAACUAAAAAGCAGCAGACAGAGGCCCUCAUUCUCUUCUUCAACAGAACAGCUGAAGCUAAAAUCCCAUGUGUCAUUGAAUAUAUCCUGGACCUCCUGGAAAGUGGAAGAGAGAAGUUUCUAGUGUUCGCACACCAUAAGGUGGUUCUGGAUGCAAUUGCUAAGGAACUGGAGAGAAAGCACGUGUCCCACAUUCGCAUUGAUGGUUCCACCCCAUCAGCAGACAGAGAGGCCCUGUGCCAGCAGUUCCAGCUGUCCAAGAGUCGCUCGGUGGCCGUGCUAUCCAUUACCGCCGCCAACAUGGGCCUCACUUUCUCCUCGGCCGACUUGGUGGUGUUUGCUGAGCUGUUUUGGAACCCUGGGGUGCUGAUCCAAGCUGAAGACCGGGUGCACCGCAUCAGUCAGACACGCUCCGUGGGCAUUCACUACCUGGUGGCGAGAGGCACCGCUGAUGAUUACCUUUGGCCUCUGAUUCAAGAGAAGAUUAAAAUUCUAGGGGAAGCUGGACUUUCUGAGACCAAUUUCUCAGAAAUGACAGAAGCCACUGAUUACCUCCUCAAGGAUCCAAAGCAGCAGAUGAUCUAUGACCUAUUCCAGAAGUCCUUCGAGGAAGAUGGAACUGACAUGGAGCUCCUAGAGGCAGCAGAGUCCUUUGACCCAGGAAGUGCUUCAGAAACGUCCGGAAGUAGUUCCUGUAACUUGGGAGACACAUUGGAUGAAAGUAGCUUGUCAGCCAGUCCACCAACAAAAAGAAGAUUUGAAUUUUUUGAUAACUGGGACAGCUUUACAUCUCCCUUCUAAGAAGGGGCAAAAUUUUUUUUUAAAUCACAGAAUUUAUUAAAAUAAAGUAAGAUAUUUUGUUUGUAAAGCCUGUGGUCCUCUUAUGAUGCAGCAGGGAAUUACAUUUCCAUUCCCUUGUCUCUAGGUAGGAGUUUGCUCUGGGUCUGGACUAACCUUACCUUUUCUGGCUCAGAGAGGGGAUAGUGGCUUGUAAUAAUUCAUGUCCUUUAAAGAAUUAGGUGAUUCUUACACUACCCCAACAUCUAGAUAUAAAAAAAUUCAGUGACUAUAAAUAUUUAGAGUGCCUAGUAUAUGCCAGGUACUGUACUAGGUGCUGGCAGUAACUUGCUGAACAACAGUGAUAAGUAACUGUGCCUUUGCAGAGCUUAUACAAUAGGAAAAGCAAAGUUCCAAUA